GCUCGCCCUUGCUGCUUCCCCAACCAAUAGCUAUCAAGAUUCAAAACUCCAUUUCACGAGCAAGGGCGAAACUGAACCCCGCCUCUCCGCUGCCCGAAGAGAAACAUCUCAUCUCUAUCUUCUCCCAAAUAUUAUUCCCACGGAAAGCCCUAGCCAAAGGGCAUAGAGUUGGACCAUAUCAAAUGUCAGAUCCGUACAAGAGAGUGAAAGGAGGGAGACUGACCUUCAAAGGUGGAAGUCUUGCGAGCGGCAGCAAAUCCAUUGACAAGAAGAAACAGAGGAAGAAGAAUAAGAAUAAGAACCCCAAGAACAAUGAAUCUGAGCUGUCAAUUCCGUUAGACACAGAGGCAGAGAUUCUGGAUGCUGAUGCAGGCAAUGAAUCUGGAAAUGCAGGAGGAGAACAAGUACUUUACACAAUUGACGCAGCCAAGCGCAUGAAGUAUGAGCAGCUCUUUCCUGUGGAGGCCAAGAAGUUUGGUUACGAUCCAAAGACCACUUCCAAGUCUAUUGAGGAAGCUCUUGAUGACCGUGUUAAGAAGAAGGCAGAUCGUUACUGUAAAUAGAAUCAAUGUUAAGGAUGCUGCACCCAUGAUGUCUAUGCACCAGCUGGAGGAUUUAUCGUUUAGCUGCAUUAUAAUUUCCGUCAGGAUGCUUUCGAACACUGACCUACCUUUGAGUCUGGAUUUAAAGUGUAGCAUUCACCAGAAAGUUCCAUCCUCUCUUUCUCUCUGUCUCUCUGUGUUAUAGUAUUUAUAUAUCAUGUUUUUUUAAUUCCCCUUCCCCACCCAUGGGAUGACAUAUACACCUCUGUUGUAUCCUGGCUGAUAGUUUUUAUAUCAAUUAUCAAGAUUGUUUUUACUUUUGAUUUC